GUUGCUACAGUCGUAUUAUAUUUCCAUACAAUCCUCGACAGCAUCCAGUAGGUACCGUUAAUACUUAGUGCAGAACUUGCAAUACCGCGCAUGCAGACUCCCUGGAUAUCUCCCAGAUCGAAGCGCAGUGCAGCGGAGUUCCUUUGUCAAUUACGAUAGUCUAAUUUGCUAUACGCUAUACGACAUGGAGGAUUCAGACUUCUGAGGGUGAAGGCUGUUUAAAGGUCAUGUUGAACUUAGAGGAGACAGAUGCGAAAAUCAUCUUCAAUGGUGCUCACAUACGACCAGCGCUACCAAGCCCCGCUUAACAUCAGCGCAGUCGAUAUGCAGCUAUCGCUAUGAAGAUUUGGACAGCGCUGCUGGGCGCGGUGCUUAUACCUGGCUGCCUGCUGUUGAAGAUCUCCAACAACGGCUACGAAGACUUGGUCGUGGCUAUCCAUAAAGACGUGCCGGAAAACCAUGAUAUCCUGACAAACAUCCAGGCGAUCAUAAGUGGAGCCUCGUCCUACCUCUACAGAGCCACGCGGAAGCGAGCCUAUUUUCGGGAUGUCGUGAUCCAAAUACCGGAAACGUGGACGCAGAACGACACAUGGAGAAGGUCACAGAAAACGUUCCAACAGGCUGAUGUCCGCAUCGACAACCCUCAUCCGCUACACGGCGAGACUCCUUACACCUUUCAACCAGGACAGUGCAGGGAGCCAGGACUCUAUGUUCAUUUCACACCCAGCUACAUUCUAGAUCAUGGUGUUAACAGAAUGAGGAACUGGGGUGAUCCAGGUCGUGCGUUUGUCCAUGAGUUCGCUCAUCUGCGGUACGGUGUGUUCGAUGAGUACGGGUAUCCCCCCGACUACCCAACUUGGUACCUCGAUGGUGAUGUCAUCAGACCAACUGGAUGCACAACUGAAAUAGAUGGGAGUUUUAUGCAAUCCUACAAACCUUGUGACCCCAGACACAACACAAAAGGAUGCGUAUUCAUGGCAACCAGCAAUGGGAAUUCCAAUGCUUCCGUGAUGUAUAUGCCUUACUUGGAUUCGAUACAUGACUUUUGUGAAACAAAUGCAGCGGAUCCCAAAUUACGUCAUAAUGGCGUCGCAAACAACGAACAAAACAGAAGAUGCAACCGUGAAGGCACAUGGGAUAUCAUCAGACGACAUGCUGACUUCCGGGCAAUUGACGUCCCAGUUGACCUUGAUGACGUCACACCAAGGUUUCGCCUGGUCUGUGACAAAAAGGAGACCCGAGAAGGUGUCCGGGCAUGCGGGAGGCGCGUCGUACUGUUACUAAACACAUCAGGGUCUAUGCGUGAGAAUUAUCGCUUCUUCAAGCUGACUCAGUUUGCUGACAAGUUUAUUAAAGACGUCCUCCCGUUGGGUUCAGAAGUGGGCGUGAUUGCCCCCUUUGCGUCUGCAGCUUCCAACUUGACGCAGAUGAUCUAUUUGUCGACUGACGAGGUCAAGGCCAAUCUUACGGCGAGACUUCCGAAAGACGAGGACGAUUACAUUGGGGGCACUGCAAUCGGUCUUGGCCUUCUCAAAGCUGUUGAGCUGCUGUCAGCCAAUGGCCAUUCACCCGAGGGCGGCCGAAUAGUCCUUGUUGUCGAUGGAAGUGAAACCGGGGAUCCACAUAGUGCCAGUGUUCUACCGGACCUCGUCCGUGCCUCGGUUACAGUCCAUACAGUCGCUUUGGGUAGUGCCGCUGAUACAGACCUGGCUAAUGUAGCAGCUGCCACAGGAGGGAUGUAUAGUUUCUACUCCGAGGAAGACAAUUCCAGUGCACUGGAUUCGGCUGCCAUUAGAUUACUUCCCGAUGUGUCACUGUGUUCCGAGACUGAGAUGAUAGAGCUAUUCAGCCGUGGACUGACUUUGACAACGUCCAUGCCUUACUUCACUGAUAGCGUCCGUAUUGACUCCACCGUUGGAAAUGACACCCUCUUCACCUUCACUCUGGCUGCCAACACCGAUAUCGAGGUGAAUGUAAGCGACCCAAGUGGAGAUACGUAUGAUGAGAGAUCAGCGGAGUACAGCAUAGACUCUGAAUUAAAUAUUGUUCGGCUCAGAAUCCCCUUUGCUAAGCCAGGGCGAUGGACAUUCACUGUUCAGAGUAGAUCCGUUACCGGGUCAAGUUUUGAGUCUGUGAUAGUCGUUGUGAGGUCGUUACCGAUGGUGAACCGUAGACCAUACAAGAUCGAGACAUGGCUUAACACGAUGACCGCAAACGUCACUGACAGGCUCCCCGUCGUGUACACAUACGUCCACAUCGGCUACAACCCCAUCAUCCACGCCUCUGUACAAGUGACUGUUGACAGGUCUCCACAACCAAGUGUAACCUUAAUCCUGAAAGACAAUGGACAAGUCGUCGAUGCACGGGCUAAUGACGGUGUUUACUCGGCUGUUUUUCUUGAAUUUACAACCAACCAGCGGUACUCCAUGCAGACCAGUGUGUCAUCCGUAGAAAACCAGACCCUUAUCAUGAUUUCCGGGAACUCCGGAGCUGAAGCUUACUCCAUCUUUCAGAAUACAUCCCGGCCUGUUCGGAUGGAGCCAGCUGAAUUAUUUACAAGAACUGCGUCACCUGGCACUGUGGACGUCACUGGGUACGAUAGUUCAGUAGACAUAUUUGCCCCCAAUGACAUAUCUGACCUUUUGGUAGUAACUUCAGACGCCAAAGCCUUCACAGUGACCUUAAACUGGACUGCGCCAGGAGGUGACCUGGAUAAAGGAACAGCUGACAGAUACGAGCUCCGACUUGGCAGCAGUCUGAACCAGCUGAGUGAAACCUUCAGCACAGCACAGCUGAUUGAGGAGAAGGAUCUGCAGAACAGUUCCCUCGCGCCCAGCUCUGCAGGCUCCGAACAGCGCGUGGUUAUUAAUGUACCAAGAGACUGGAACUAUAGUGCCUACUCGUUUGGGGUCAUUGCUAUUGAUGAUGCAAAUCUGAGGUCACGUGUAUCUAAUUUGCAAAGUGUGACCUUCAAACAAGCAAGGGUUCAAGGGGAAUCCAAAGACAAGAUGCCUCCUGGGAGGAUUACAGAUCUGACGUUAUUGCACUGUGAUCCAGUUAGCAAGACCUUCACCUUAUCCUGGACAGCCCCUGGUGAUGAUGGAUACACAGGCAGAGUCAGCCGUUACGAGAUGCGGGUUGGAGAGACAAUACUCGCCAUGAAGACAAACUACCGCAGCAUGCAUCUUGUCUCAAAAGAUGAAAUUCUCAACGGUUCCAUUCUGCCGCUUCCUUCUGGGAAGGAACAACGCAUAGCUGUCAGCUUGAACAGAAAUGAACCACGAGAAAUAUUUGUUUUUGCAGUCCAGUCGUACGACCAGGUAGACCUUCCAUCAGAAUUAUCUAACUUUCUCCGGGUCAACGUGACCGAAUAUAGCACUGCAUUGAAAGUGAUUGAAGAGAAGGGAGAGGAAGAUUUAAGCUGGAUUGGACUUGCAGAAGGACUAACUGCCGCAGCGGUUAUUUCAUUGUUUGGAAUCAUCAUUUUCGUUGCCGUCAAAUGGAAAAUAAUUGGUCAGAAACAUGUCCUAUAAACAUGCAUAGUAGCCAAAUUUAAGCAUUCCUCGUGAAGAGAACUCUUUUAUUAUGAAACUAUUCCAUAUUCCUAUUUGCACACCUAUUUUAUUCAUACACUUCAGUAUGCCUCUUUAGCAAGUGCAGUGGUGAUUACAUAUACUGAAAGGCAAAGGAAACGUCGUGAUAUUGGAAAUGACAUUUGAGUAACAAUGGAGUAUUUGAACCUAUUUUUUUAAAAUAUAC